AUGCAUGUACAGUGCCAACCACAACCACAACUGAGCCGACUACAACCACCACAACUGUGCCCACAACAACCACAACUGUGCCGACCAAAACCACAACUGUGCCCACAACAACCAAAACUGUGCCGACCAAAACCACAACUGUGCCGACCACAAUCACAACUGAGCCAGCUACAACCACAACUGUGCCAACAACCACAACAGUGCAAACCACAACCACAACUGAGCCGACUACAACCACCACAACUGAGCCCCCAACAACCACAACAGUGCCAACCCCAACCACAACUGAGCCGACCAAAACCACAACUUAGCCCACAACAACCAAAACUGGGCCGACCAAAACCACAACUUAGCCCACAACAACCAAAACUGUGCCGCCCAAAACCACAACUGCACCCACAACAACCACAACUGCGUCGACCAAAACCACAACUGUUCCCACAACAACCACAACUGGGCCGACUACAACCACCACAACAGAGCCCCCAACAACCACAACUGGGCCGACCACAAUCACAACUCAGCCAGCUACAACCACAACUGUGCCGAACAAAACCACAACUGUGCCCCCAACAACCACAACUGCGCCCACUACAAUCACUACUGCCGCCCACAACCACAACUGUGCCAACACCCACAACAGUGCCAACCACACCCACAACUGAGCCGACUACAUCCACCACAACUGAGCCCACCACAACCACAACAGUGCCAACAACCAAAACUGUGCCGCCCAAAACCACAACUGCACCCACAACAACCACAACUGCGUCGACCAAAACCACAACUGUGUCAACAACAACCACAACUUUGCCGACCAAAACCACAACGGUGCCCACAACAACCACAGCUGUGCCGCCCACAACCACAACUGCGCCGACCACAACCACAACUAUGCCCACUACAAUCACUACUGCCGACCUCAACCACAACUGA